CGCCGGCAUCUUGGACAUUAAAGUGGCACCCUGUUGUGUAUGAGAGAGGCCUCGCACACAGCACUUCAUCUUGCAAACCUGCCUUUUCCCCAGAGCCUCCGAGCUGCAUUAGCCUAUGUUUCCGAUGAAUUAAAGGCGGCUGCCCUGGCGGACGACGACGCGGAGCCCGCGGAGCACCCGGCCUCCGAUGGCGAGCCCUCGGCCAAGUACCUGUGCCCCGACAAGGAGCUGGCGAAGGCCUGCCCCAGCUACCAGAACUCGCCCGCCGCCGAGUUCUCCAGCCACGAGAUGGACAGCGAGUCGCACCUCAGUGAGACCAGCGACCGCAUGGCUGACUUUGAAAGCGGCUCCAUCAAGAACGAGGAGGAGGCCAAGGAGGCCCCGGUGACGCUGGAGGAUACCGCCGUGUCGGACAGCCUGGAGCAGAUGAAGGCUGUGUACAACAACUUCCUCUCCAAUUCCUACUGGUCCAACCUCAGCCUCAACCUGCACCAGGCGUCAUCCGAGAAGAACAACGGCGGCCGCAGCAGCAGCAGCAGCAGCAGCAGUAGCAGCAGCUGCGGCAGCGGCAGCUUCGACUGGCACCAGAGCGCCAUGGCCAAGACGCUGCAGCAGGUGUCGCAGAGCCGCGUACUGCCCGAGCCCAGCCUCUUCAGCACCGUGCAGCUCUACCGGCAGAGCAGCAAGCUGUACGGCUCCAUCUUCACGGGCGCCAGCAAGUUCCGCUGCAAGGACUGCAGCGCCGCCUACGACACCCUGGUGGAGCUGACGGUGCACAUGAACGAGACCGGUCACUACCGUGACGACAACCACGAGACGGACAACAACAACCCGAAGCGCUGGUCCAAGCCGCGCAAGCGCUCCCUGCUGGAGAUGGAGGGCAAGGAGGACGCCCAGAAGGUGCUGAAGUGCAUGUACUGUGGCCACUCCUUCGAGUCCCUCCAGGACCUGAGCGUCCAUAUGAUCAAAACGAAACACUACCAAAAAGUGCCUCUGAAGGAACCCGUCACACCCGUCACAGCCAAAAUCAUCCCCGCCGCUCGGAAGAAACCCUCACUGGAGCUGGAGCUGCCCAGCUCCCCGGAUUCCACGGGCGGGACCCCCAAAGCCACCCUGUCGGACGCCGGUGACGCUCUGCAGAAGACCUCCAAUCCCUACAUCACGCCAAAUAACCGGUACGGCCACCAGAACGGGGCCAGUUACGCGUGGCACUUCGAGGCCCGCAAGUCGCAGAUCCUGAAGUGCAUGGAGUGUGGCAGUUCCCACGACACGCUGCAGGAGCUCACGGCCCACAUGAUGGUCACCGGCCACUUCAUCAAGGUCACGAACUCGGCCAUGAAGAAGGGGAAGCCCAUCAUGGAGACGCCCGUCACACCCUCCAUCACGACCUUGCUGGACGAGAAGGUGCAGUCGGUGCCCCUGGCAGCCACCACCUUCACGUCCCCCGCGAACACGCCCGCCAGCGUCUCGCCGAAGCUGACCGUGGAGGUCAAGAAGGAGGCGGACAAGGAGAAGCCGGUCACGGAGGAAAAACCCAAGGAGAAGGACAAGCCGAGCGAGGAAGAGGAGAAGUAUGACAUUUCUUCCAAGUACCACUAUUUGACUGAAAAUGACUUAGAAGAGAGCCCCAAGGGGGGUCUCGACAUCCUCAAAUCCCUGGAGAACACAGUGACGUCGGCAAUCAACAAGGCGCAGAAUGGCACCCCCAGCUGGGGGGGCUACCCCAGCAUCCACGCCGCCUACCAACUCCCCAACAUGAUGAAGUUGUCCCUGGGCUCCUCAGGGAAAAGCACAGCCCUGAAGCCCAUGUUUGGCAACAGUGAACUUGUAUCUCCCACCAAAACCCAGACCCUGGUCUCUCCGCCCAGCAGUCAGAGCUCCCCAAUGCCCAAGGCCAACUUUCACGCCAUGGAGGAACUGGUGAAAAAAGUCACUGAGAAAGUUGCCAAAGUGGAGGAGAAGAUGAAGGAGCCGGAGGGCAAGCUGUCCCCACCCAAGAGGGCCACGCCGUCCCCCUGCAGCAGUGAGCACAGCGAGUCCACGAAGAUGGAGGCUUCCAGUGACGGUGGCUUCAAAAGCCAGGAGAGCAGUCCCAGCCCCCCGCGGGACGGCUGCAGCAAGGAGGGGAGCCCCGGGGCCGAGCCGCUGGAGAACGGCAAGGAGCUGUCCAAGGGCCUGAGCGGCGGCCUGAGCGGCAGCACGGCCAUCAUCACUGACCACCCGCCGGAGCAGCCCUUCGUGAACCCCCUGAGCGCCCUGCAGUCGGUCAUGAACAUCCACCUCGGCAAGGCCGCCAAGCCCUCCCUGCCGGCGCUGGACCCCAUGAGCAUGCUCUUCAAGAUGAGCAACAGCCUGGCCGAGAAGGCGGCGGUGGCCACCCCACCACCCCUGCAAGCCAAGAAGGCCGACCCUCUGGACCGCUAUUUCUACCAUGUCAACAACGACCAGCCCAUAGACCUGACAAAAGGGAAGAGUGACAAGGGCUGUUCUUUGGGUUCGGGGCUUCUGUCCCCCACGUCCACGUCCCCGGCCGCUUCCUCAUGCACGGUGACAGCCGCCAAGACCUCUGCCGUCGCUUCCUUCCUGUCAACCUCGCCGCUGCGCGAGAACGCCUUGUCAGAUAUGUCAGAUAUGCUGAAGAACCUGACAGAGAGCCACACGUCCAAAUCCUCCACGCCUUCCAGCCUCUCCGAGAGGUCUGACGUUGACGGGGCCACCCUGGAGGAGGCGGAGGAGUCGACGCCCGCGCAGAAGAGGAAGGGCCGCCAGUCAAACUGGAACCCCCAGCACCUGCUGAUCCUCCAGGCCCAGUUUGCUGCCAGCCUCCGGCAGACGUCCGAGGGCAAGUACGUCAUGUCCGACCUGAGCCCCCAAGAGCGCAUGCACAUCUCCAGGUUCACCGGGCUCUCCAUGACCACCAUCAGCCACUGGCUGGCCAAUGUGAAGUACCAGCUUCGAAGGACAGGUGGAACGAAGUUCCUCAAAAACUUGGACACUGGCCACCCCGUGUUCUUUUGUAAUGACUGUGCGUCCCAAAUCAGGACUCCUUCCACGUACAUCAGCCACCUAGAGUCACACCUGGGCUUCCGGCUACGGGACUUGUCUAAAUUGUCCACUGAACAGAUUAACAAUCAGAUAGCACAAACCAAGUCACCAUCAGAAAAAUUGGUGACGUCCUCCCCGGAGGAGGACCUGGGGACCUCCUAUCAGUGCAAACUUUGCAACCGGACCUUUGCGAGCAAGCAUGCGGUUAAACUUCACCUCAGCAAAACACACGGGAAAUCGCCCGAAGACCACCUGCUGUACGUCUGUGAGCUCGAGAAGCAGUAGCGUUUGCUUCUGCUGGAAGUGACUGCGGUUUGCUUUGAGGGAAACUGUGGAAGGCACCUUAAGGCCCCUCUGUCUUGUUCCUGGCACAUGUUCUUAGGUUAACUGCAGAGGACUGUUUUGUAUAACUGUACAGUGUUGAAUAGAGGUGCGUAAUCAGCUGUUGUUACUGGUAAAAUGACGAAGGUUAAAGCGCAGUGGUAAGUGUUUGGAACUUUGUGUAAAUGGGACCUAGUUGCAAGCAUCCUCUCGAUGCUUCAAGCUGCAUGCAUUAACAGACAGUUUAAUUAAGCAUUUAUAAGGAAAUCAGGCACACUUUUCCCAUGAAAUUUGGGUGUGCUGGCAUUUCUCACCCUUUCAUCUUUAGCCCUCUGAGUACUUUGAAGCACUUUUGCAUUAAUUUGGUUAAAAAAUAAAACAAAAUAAUAAUAAUAAUAUAAUGUAUGAAGCUCCGUUUUUUUAAACUCCUUACCAGCUUAAUUCUAAGGAAUAACGCGAGCCACCGUUUAUGCAGGUCUGCAGGGGUAUAACACGCCUUGAAAUUUAAAAGAAUAUUAUUUUCACAUUGAAACAUAGAUGUAUAUAUUGUAUAGAUUUCAGACUCUUAUGGAAAAAAAAUGUGAUUGUGGUUCAAUGGCCCUCUUUUUCUUGCAUCUAUAUCAACGGUGUUUUAUGUACCUGCUAUGCCCUGGACAUAAGCCUCUGUAUAGUGUAUAUUUCCUUUCUUUUUCUUUUCUAAGGGUUUGUUUGUUUCACACACAAGCACUGUAAAUUACGCAGAUUCCACAGAUUUAAAGUAUAUGGAAACAUAUCUCAAAGCAAGGUAUGACGUUUGUUUUGCUAUACAGUACAACUCUACUGGUAGGCGCUCAUGCUUAAAUUAUACGUAUUUAUUAGUACCACAUUGUCAUUUGUUUUGGGACCAGGAAAUCCAUCCCUGGAGGACAUCAUAACUCUUUUACACAUGAUUUUUUAAAAGGUAUUUAUUAGAAAUUAAAGAACUCUCAAAAUACGUUCAAUGCUCAAAGGGUUAAGUCUAUUUGAAAAGGAAAAAAAAAUGAAUAAAAAAUAAAAGAACUUGUACUGUAUUUCCUAAACAUUGAUAAAGCCUUUAAAAUGUUUGUACUGUAAUACUUUGCUUAAAAGUCACAAGGCAUUCUGUGAGAAGCCUCUCACUUAUUUAUAAGCCCUCUCUCGGUUGCUAGUUCUUAAAUUGUGGGGUGCCUUUUUAUUUCGAUUGGUAACUUUCUGUUUUCUUCCUAAUUAUUCUCCCAAGAUCCCACACUGCAGUUUUAUCUUUAGGCUUAUGAAAGGUAACCCGUGGUUACCGGCUCUCCAAGCGAUUCUGUUCUUCUCCAUUUUUGGCAGUUAAUUUGCAGAAAUAACUGACAGCUGACACCAUAUGAGAACCUAUGUAUAAGAUAUUGGCAUGUAGACAGCACAGACAGCGUAACACACUCCAUGCCCUGUUCUGUUGACAACGAAACACCAGUAUAUGAUUCUUCAUAUAACCCUUUUUUUUUUUCUACAGCAGCAUUAAAAUUGUCUUUUUGCUAUA